UUUGUUGAUGCAUUCAAGAACUUUUUAAACUCAAAGCCACAAAAGGGUUUGAGCUUGCUAGCUAUAAAACGAAACAAUUCUAUGGAUUGUACUUGACCUGAUCUUGCCACAGUGUUUCUCAGUCCAUCAGUGAAAAGAUUGAAGAAGUGUUUGUGAGACUGCAUGUAGUUUGUGCCUGAAGGAAUAUUGCUGUUAUAUCCCAAACCACAGUUGAUAUAGGGCAAGUCUUUAAUGUAUGUUAGAUGCCUUAAAACUGAGAAGCUUAAUUAAAUUGAUUUGAUUUUUUACAAGCGACCUUUUUGUGUGAACUAGACAUAAUGUACAGAUAUUGUACAAGCAAAACAUCAUGCGUUCUAGAAAUCUGAAAUAAAAACGGAAAAGACUGAAGAAUAUCAGCAAGUAUGGCAGCAUCAAUGGAGAGACAGAGUCCAAUAUGACUCUUCUGGGAACUGAAGAGAGUGAAAGUGAUGGGUUUUAUACUGUAGAGAAAAGCUGGGUUGGGGUCAAGUGAAACAGAAGGGUCAGGGAAAGGUUAGAGGACAAGAAAGAUUUGAGAUCACAGGUACCAGAGAACAAAAAUUAAAGGGAAUAUUAAUUGUUUCAGGGAACAGAGACAGGUCUAGGUAGGUGUCCAUAGCGGAAUAUCAGUCAGCUCUUAAUAAAAACAAAACACUGGGCAGGGGAAGGGAGUUGAGCAAGGGAAACAGAAUGGAGGACAGAGUUCACGGUCUGAGUUUGUUGAACCCGCUAUUGAGCCUAGAGGCUAUAAAGCACCUUAAGAAUGAAUUUUGCGUUUCCCUUCAUUGCAAACUGUUAACUUUAGAAAACCUCUAUGGGACUUGUUAUUUGUCUUGAGAGUAUAAAUCAGCUCUCUCAGCUCAUCUGCUACAUACUGGUAAGUAAACAAAUAUUUUAAAUUAAUAUUUUGGUUUCCCCUCAUCCUACCAGAUGUAUUUUAUCAGUUUGCUUACUGAAGUUCUGUUCAAAAUGUUUCAUUUUAGGACACUGAUUAAAAUUUCAUACCUUCAUAGUUAAAGGCAACUGGAGUUCUCAGAGUCGAUUCCACAGUAAAAUAAACUGCUGCAUUCAAAAACCAUUCUGGCCUAGCUUGUGAAGCUGAUAAAACAGGAUAUGGGAUUUCGAGUGCACUCUCUGUGCACCAUCCUAAAACAGGAAGUGCUUCUGCAGGAGGAUAUGGAGCUGGUUGACCUUCUUGACCCUAGCAUCCUGCAAUCAACACAAGCCCAGCAGCACAAAAAUGGCUACCUGCCAUCCAAGUGGUUGUGGAGAAGUCCUAAUAUUUGGGAUGUUUCAGUAUUGGCUAUCCUUGCUGGUGCCUUGGUCAUGACCUCAAACCGCUGUGAUACUUUCCCUUGGGGAUUUUUAGGAAUGGGCCUGUGUGGCCUCAGUCUUUAUAUGGUUUUCAGGAGUGUCAGUUUAUGGAGAACAGCCAAACUUCAGCGAUCCAUGAGAAAAUGCUUCAAAAGUUUGGAAGAUAUAGUGAUGAACAGCCACAUUUUCACCAGUCUUGUGCGAAAAUCCAUUAGACAAAUUCAAGAGACAGAAGUCAUUUCAAGAGGAUUCACGUUAGUGACUGCUGUAUGUCCUGCCAGUUAUCUGGGGAACUCCUGGCAACAGCAAGGUCAGCAGCUAAUUGGCCUUCGGAAGGCAGUGUACAGAUCAGUGAGAUCCGCCUAUCGAGCUUCUCGAGUGGCUACCUGCCAGAUGCUGAAGUCCUACCCUCUGAACUCUGAAAUUGAUAAUGUGACCAAUUACCUCUCUGCAAUCCCAUAUAACGAGCUUGGCAUGGGACUCGAUCAGGAGCUGGUGUCUGACGUUGAGGCCCAGGAACUGACGGAUUGUUACAGUCUCAAGGCGUUAAAGAUACUGGUUCAGCUUUGGGUGGGUCAAAGCUCCGAGUUCUUCAGACGCCUGGCUUUCCUACUAUCUCCUGUCCAGGCUGCACCCAAGACGCAUGUUACUGCCGAGCACUUGGCACACCAUGUCGUUGCAGAAGUAACCCAGAAUAUACCUCACAUCCUUACAAAUUGUCUUGAAGAGUUGAAACGCAGCUAUGACUUCCACAGAUACUGGCAGGUACAGCACCAAUCUAAUUUAAAUGCAUCAAACAAGACCAAACAACAAUCAAAGGAGCUGAAGAAUCUUUAUGCUGUGGUUCGUAGCUUGCAACUCCACCUUAAAGCACUACUAAAUGAGGUUAUUUCUUUGGAGGAUUAUCUGGAAAAGUUUCACGAAUCCCAGGAACAGCAUAAACUGACGCAGGAAGUGUACCAUGAUCUGCAUCAGAAACUUAAAUCAAUUCAACCACAUAUGGGGGCGAGCAUAAAUUGUUGGGAUGAGACAAGUAAUCAGGUGGAUAAACUAGUGCACAAGUCUCUGGACCGUAAAGGCAGACCUAUGGCACAGGACAAACAAUUGCCUCCAAUCUGGAAACAGUCAGCAAAGCCUGUUGUACAGAUCGAAGAUCUGGAUCCAGUCCCUGAUGAACAGGAACUUGAGGCUUAUGUAGAAGAAUCUGAUUUGGAUGGAGAUUUCGGAGGGGGCUUGCUGAACUACUUGUCACAAGAGGAGCGAGAGAAGGAGAGGCGAGAGAGGGAGGAAUCCAGGAGAAUGCUUCAGGAGCUGAAAAGUGUGUUGGGGUUCAAGGCCUCUGAACUGGAGAGGCAGAAGUGGAAACAGUUACUUUUCAAUGAUCAUGCUGCAGUGAAAACGAUUUCAUCUGCGGGCCUAACGCAGCUGGAGGGAGUCCCACUGGAAUGUCAGGAGGCAGAUGCACAUGUACAAGGUCAUAAUGUUUGUGAUGACUGCUCCCAAGGGGUAGACACCAAUCAACUAGACAGCUUGACGGAUAGCAAAAAAUGUCGGAGAUCGACAGAUCCAGACUGCACUGAUGUACAUCUGGCUAGUAGGAAAGGCACUGAUCUGAGUGACAUUCUCCAAACACGUACCGUAAAUGGAUGCUUGGCUUGCUGCUCAGAGAAUACAGACAGUUCCAUGCAAGAGCAAGAAAAUUCACAGCCAGCUGCAUCUGAGCAGCUGCAGACAACUGUUCAACAGGGACUUGCUGAAAGACAUGGGCCAGUCGCCCUCCACGUUGCCUCAGCUCUGGCCGCGCAGGUCGCAGCUCGGUCUCACAGCUUUGCUCAUUUAUCAGAGCAGACGUUUGGAGAUGAUGAUGUGGAUGAGGAGCAGGGAGAUGAGGAUACAAAUACAGAUGUUGAAUGUGUAAAUUCUGGACCUUCAUAAAUACAGAGUGAAUGGACCACGCUAAGCUUUAUUAAAUACUGAAAAGCAGGUCAGAGCAGUGAUGCAGAAAGUACUCGGUGUAACAGAAUUAGUGAAUAAUUUUGUUUAGCAAAGUGCGUAUUUUGUACCUUGCUUUGUGAAAUCUCACUGUAAACAAAGGGAUAUAAUGAGAAUUCUCUAUGGUGAAUGAAAUGCUUGGAUGCUACCGAGCCUUGGAACAAUCUAUUCAGUAGCCAUUUGCAUUGAUUCCUCUGACUACAUUACUGUGUUCCUACCUUUUGUGAAGGAUUUGUUUGAUAGAUUAUAAGGAAAUGAGUUAGAAACCCUUUCAACCUAUGCAUGAACUUCUUAAGGAACAGGCACAAUACUCUGUGCAAUCCCACUGGUAUGGAAUGCACCUUACCCCUAUGCGUCUAGUCUCCGAUGAUGUACUAAGUGUAAAUUUUAGUGUAAAAAUAGCCAAGUAGCUGAGGCCCACACUGAUCCAAAGGUAAUGAAUUCACCUCCCACCACUGUUUGAAAGUUUGAAUUCAUUUUUAAAGUCCCUGAAGAUGCAUUGAAAUCUGAUUGCAAUAAAAGUGAUGAUGAAGCUGUUGAAUUACUGUGCCUGCUGAAGUAUCUUAGCAAGCCAGUCAGUUAUGUUUGUGAAUUUGGGGGCAGGCAAACAAUGCUGGUCUUCCUGGUGAACAAUUCAGAAUGAAUUGACGUGAUUAUGUUCCAACAACAAGAUUAUACCUGCAACCAGUAUGAGCUGGGAUUUUUUAAAAUUAACUUUUCAAACAUAAGUAGAAAGUGGUUUGACCUCCAGCAUCACCUGUCUGCAUCACUGAUUAAAGUCACAAAGUAUUUCAGCAACUUCCUUCAGCUGUUCACAAGUUACCAGCAAGCUGCAAAAAAUGAAGUAUCGUGCUCAUUAUUACUCAGUGUGGCUAUGUGUAAUUUCAGUCCCCACUCAUCACUGCCCAAAAAACUGAACAUCAUCAUUAUUGGGCAAACAUGAGCUAAUGCAGUUUUAUGGGCACUCAGUUGUUAUAGCCUCAGACCAGAGGGAAGGUGAUCUCAUUAUCUGUUCUUCUAAUAUUUUGAUAAAGCUCUGAAAACAUUAGACCCUUAUAACUGUACAGCCAUCCUCAAUUUGCGAGGUUCCAUAAACAUUGUUUCAUCACUGUCUGUGACUUUAACUGUCGUUAUUUUCAAAGAAUACAGUUAGAGCUAGCUCAUCCAUGGGCUUUCUUUUCUAUAUAAAUGGAUUUUUUUUUGCGGCCAUUGCUUGGCAUUGAAAGAACCACAAUGUUUUUAUUUAUUCUUUCUUUAGAUUUGCAUUUCUCAACAGGUCAAGUUUUUCCAACCAUUCUUUUGACAGACCAAGAACUCAGUAAUGAAUUAAUACAAAGAGAGCUUAUGUGUAGAUUGUUGUGGUUGUUGGAAGCCAUUCAUUUCAGCCUUGGGAUAUAUCUGCAGGAGUUUCUCAAGGUGGUAUCCUAGGUCCAAGCAUCUUCGGCUGUUUCAUCAAAGACCUAGCCUCCGUCGUAAGGUCAAAAGUGGACCAGUUCAUUGAUUGCACAAUGUUCAGUACCAUUUUCAGAAUUGUAGACGGUUUAGACAAUAGCAUAAACUUAUAAAGGGAAAUUGACAGACUAUGUGAAUAGGAAAAAUUGUGGCAGAUAGAGUUCAAUGCAAAUAAGUGUGAGGUAAUCCAUUUCAAACUGACAUGUGAUAGAUCAGGCUACUUUCUAGAUGGUGUGAAGUUAAAUGCAGUGGAUCUCCAAAGAGACAUGGGGGUUCAGGUGUAUAAGUUUUUUUUUAAUGUCAUGAACCGGUGCAGGAAACAAGCAAAAAAGUUAAUGGGAUUUUUGCCAUUUGGAAUAAUGUGAGCAGAUUUGGGCACCAUACUGUAGGAAGGAUAUACUGACCUUGGAGGGAGUACAAAAAUGAUAUCUGGAUUUAAGGGGAUAAGUUAUGAGGAGAAAUUAUAUAAAUUUGGUCUACUUUCUCUCCAAUUUAGAAGGUUAUGGGGUGAUCCCAUCAUAGUCCUCGACAUUAAACCGCAAAAGAGAGGCUAGAUAAAGAUAAACUAUUUCCACUUGUUGGGGAUUCUAGAACAAGGGAGCAUAGCCUGAGAAUUGAGGCGAGACGAUUCAGGAGAGAUGUUAGGAAGCAUGUCUAUACACAAAGGAUAGAAGUUUGGAACUUACUUCCACAAAUGGCAAUGGAUACUGGAUCAGUUGUUAAUUUUAAAACCAAGAUGGAUUGUAUUUUGUUAAGUGAAGCUGUAUGAAUUUAGGCUAUGCACCAGCUGUGAUUUCCUUGAAUGUUGGAACAGGCUUGAGGGGCUGAAUGACCUACUGUUGUACCUAUGGUCCUGUAUGGGCAGGCAACAAAUCCUGAAUUUGUCGCUGACACUCAGAACACUGGAAGAAAUGCAAAAAUUCUUUUUCUAAACUAAGUUUUAUAAAAUAUUUUGACUGGCUUUCCCACUUAGCAGAAGAAGAAAAGUGUAAGUUAUUUCAGAACAAGUGAGUUUGGUGUCCUAUAUGGAUUGUGCUACUUCUACUGUCUGCUGUGAAAUUAAAAAAAAGUGCAAGGGAUUUCAGGAUAUUCAUUCUUGCACUACCAUUUUUUUAGUCUAAUUUAUUAAGAAAUUUGCUCACAUAAUACAAUAGAAUCAACUUGCAAUAUAAAAUCAUACGCAGGAAUAUUUUUAGUGAGUAAAGUAAUUUUUGAUUGUAGGGCCAAUAUAUUUCUGUUUGUUCAGAAAAGACUGGGUACCAUUUGUAUCUAAUAUUUCUGUGGGUGUCAUUUUAAAAUUUACCUAUUCAGAGUAAAUCAGUUAAUGAUUUAAAUUGGCAUAUGUAGGAAUUUUACACAAAUCUGAUCACUAUUGUGUUAUAAAUAUUUCAUGAACACACUUCAGUCCUUAAGAGCUUGGAAGCACAUAGAUCCCAUUACAACUAACUGAAGUUGAAUGAUAGUGCUGUCAAAUU